AUGCAAGCAAUUCAUGGGAACAGUUUUUCAUCGAUUUUGCAUUGGGCGACAGUCAGCCUAAUUAUCCUACUGGCACUAGUAGCAGACAGAUCUUAUGCAACUGACGACCACGUUUGCAUUCGUUAUGAAAGUUACACCGAGCUCGAAACGGUUCCACGCAACCAAACCGUGCAGGUACUUACCAGGGAAUGGUGCCUGGAGAUCCCGCCCCGCUGUACCUCCUAUCGGCCCGAGAUCAAGGAAGUCUACGUGAAACAGAACAUAACGAAAACGAGAAAAAUCGAAUACUGCUGCGAGGGUUACGAGGAAAACAGUACAAACGGCAGCGCAUCGACCAAUCGGAUCUGUCGUCCGCUGUGCCGCGGUGGUUGCGGCCGGGGAACCUGCGUCGCACCGAAUAGUUGCCUCUGCGAGGCGGGGUUCACCGGAAAACAUUGCACGCAACGCUGCCGCAACGGAACGUGGGGUGAAAGCUGCCGAAGUCGAUGCCACUGUCAGAAUCAGGCCCUGUGUGAUGGAAAGACCGGACACUGUCGAUGUUCGGAUGGCUGGAUUGGGCAUCAUUGUGAAGCUCCCUGUCCAGCCGGCCACUAUGGCACGCUGUGUAAGAAUCGGUGCAACUGCAGUACUUCGAGGUGUGAUCACAUAACUGGAACAUGCCUGAUCGACGAUGGUCAUGUCAUGUUUGAAAACAUAACCAGGGUGGUGGAAAGCAAUAUGUCCGGUGAAAGCACCGAGCGGAUAUCGGUGGAACAGUGGAUCAAAGUAAAUUCGACCAUAAGUUCAACCGUGAAUUCAAUCGACUCCACUACAACAGAACUGAAUGAACCAAUCCCAAGUAAUGCUACUUAUGCUCAGUCGUAUAAUGAAUAUCUUCCAGCAAAUGCUAGUGUGACUUACGUCCCCAUUGAGGAUUUAACGUCCACCACUGAAACUGCUAAGAAUGAAAGCUACUAUGAGAUAGUAGCCACAACCACAAAAGUGGAAAUCACUUUUAUCGAUACGGUCCACUCCCGAACCGAAGGGAACUCGACGUCUGAUACCAACAGCAAUGAGUUGGUCUACGUCGAAUCUGACAACCAGUCGAAUGUGGUCGAACUUGUCGAUGGCAAAGAAGUGUCCAACGAAGAGCAGCAAAUCAACAACAAACAGGCAAUAGCAACAAUAUCCUGUUUGCUGCUGACAUUGAUUCUGCUGCUCUCUGUUGUAGCUUACAUGAAAAACCUCAACCGAAAGACUAUGAAAAAACAGCAGCACCAACAGCCAGUGAAAAGUCUCGAGGAAGAAAAAGGCCCCGACAGUCCGCGAAUUUUAGAACCCCUUCCGGAUCCCCCGCGUGUUAUCUACACAAAGGUGAAAGCGAAAAACCAACGCACCGGAAGCAAUCAAUUAGAACACUACGAUGUGCCAGUAAACAACUCCUCGGUGAACAAAUCCUCCCCGUACAAUUACAACUUCACCCUGGCCGGUAGUAAACCGCCGCAGCAGAACUCGCCGGCGCGAAGGUACAGUAUAGAACACAUCUACGAUGAGAUACAGUAUCCACCGUUUGCCGACAUGAGUGUCAACGUGGCAGCUUCUGCGGGGGAAAAUGGUUCCAGAGAAAACUUUUCGAAAUUCGAAAUUUUAACCGACUAUAAAAUGACUCCGGUAAAAGUGAUCGAUGAGAUCAAAGGGAAACAAUAA